UGGGGGCAGUGGGCUCGAACUUGGGUAAAAGAGGGAUGCUGCUUGUUGGUACCAGCUGUAUCUUUUUGACCGAACAGUAUGGGAAGAACCCCACUAAUUCGUUUUUGUCGUCAUUUUAUUCGAAGCUCUCCAGAGCGAUUUGUUCACCCGGCCUCCAAGGUCCCUUUGCCUCCCAGCUUUUCUGCCAGUGCUAGAUCUCAGGCUUCGAAGCCUGCAUCCGUCACACGCGAUUUCUUUUUUAGUCGCGAAGAACUGCCGAUGCGAUUUCGCUACCGUAUGCUCAGCGUGAGCGAGAUGGACGCCAUUGAUUCGGCGGGUGCUUCGACACUCGAUCACUGAGGAAACUAGCAGAGAUAAUUUUUAUCAUUAAUCGUAACUCGUUCUGAACAACGAAAGAACAGAAGACGUAAGCCGCAUUUUGGAGUAUAAUAAAGGCUUGGCGAGUGCUAGAGUGUGUAAGUAAGUCUUAGCGAAUACGAGGAUUGGUGAAUUAGUCAGGAGUGCUGUUACGGAAACACCCUCCAAAGAAGCAUACAGUGCCGCGCCUACACGUUAGCCGACGUGGGCGCAACAGCCCAAGAGGAACGUGGCGCCUUCUCCAGCUUGCGCAAGAUGGGGAGAAUAACGGUGUAGAGGAGGAUGGUUGCUGUCAAAAUACCUACGACGGAAAUGGAAUAGUAACCGUCACUCCUCAUAAUGCAGGUGCCACCCUGUGCAACACACUGAGCUUUCGAGUCGUCUGUCGCACACGAAAGCUCACUAGAUACGGAACAGAAGGAAACGGUCAUUGCAUUGGCUGCCUUGAGCAGCAUGUAUUUGGGCCAGGUGCCACCCAGGUUGCUCAAUGUAUUGAGAAUGGUCAUAUACGUGCCCCCAAUAAAAGGGUCUGAGAUUUGGCUGUGAAAGACACCAAUCGCGACGAACUGGAUGGUGCCGACAGAGGAGCUGAACAAGUAGCAGAACAGAAUGACGAAGAAGGAAUAAACGUUAAUAGUGGUAUGGGUUAGGAGAAACAUUAGCAGGACGUUAAAAGCGUUGGCGAAGAUGCGCAAGCGGUAGCCCAGAAGCCAUUUCGACAAGGGCCUGUGUUGGCUUGCUCGACCGAUAUAUACUCCAAGCGCUAAACUUAUGGGGAAAUCGAUAAGAAUAAUGAUGGAGAGCAGUGCAUUGCUCAGUCCCUUUUCAGAGAGCUUGAGAAACGUGAGCGUUUCGUUGGCGACGAAGCCAAGCUUGCACAGUAAUAGGAAUACAGAGUAGUGGCGCAUGUCUGGAUUUGAGUUAACAAUGGAACGAGACAGAAAAGCAUCAUGUGUAUGGACACAGCUGGCACGUUUGAGUACAUACUUUUAAUGGAAAAGACCCGGAAAAUAGAGGCCCAGAUGCUCCUAACGUCUUCAAUGGUCACAGAAGCCUGUUCGUCCACGACACAAACGAGAAUAGAUGCGACGAAGGCAACAACGGACCAGAAGCGCAAAUAGCCAGACAGUGUCACGAGUCCGACAUUGGGUUUUGCAAUGGUGGGGAGAAGCUUGGAAGAGACGGGGGACAUGAGAACGAGCAGAACGGUGAAUGAGAGGAAAAAGCCUGUAUUAAGGCCGACAGAUUGCGCCGUAGAGGCAUAAUUAAUUUGUUCGGGCUCCAGCAUAUUCAAGGACCAGCCGUCCACUGCAAUGUCCUGUGUCGCACACAGGAAAACGAGCAUGAAGCUCCAGAAUGUGAACGCGUGAAUGUGUUCCGAGCUGUGUUCGAUCCAGUCCUCCACGCAGAAAGAAAGGAGAAACAUUGCGAGAGAAAUUAGUAGUAUACACGGCACAAUCCAUGUUUUUCUCCGUCCAAACUUGCGAAAAUAAAAGGUGUCGACGAUGGGACUCCACAGCACUUUAAGGCUGUAUGGGUA